GCACAGAAACACAACACAAUACGAUAAAGAAAAUGGCCAAUAUCUCAAGUUUUAACAUUCUCUUCCUCGUGUUCAUCACAAGCGGCAUUGCUGUUUCGGCCACUGUCUUCACCAUUAAGAACAAUUGCCCUACCACCGUCUGGGCCGGAACUCUCGCCGGCAGAGGACCCAAGCUCGGUGACGGCGGGUUUCAACUGACUCCAGGUGCUUCCCGACAGCUCACGGCUCCAGCAGGAUGGUCAGGCCGGUUCUGGGCUCGUACCGGCUGCAGCUUUGACGGUGCCGGCAACGGUAGAUGCGUCACUGGAGACUGUGGCGGUCUAAGAUGUAGCGGAGGCGGAGUUCCUCCAGUCAGUCUGGCUGAAUUUACCCUUGUUGGCGAUGGCGGCAAGGACUUCUACGACGUGAGCCUUGUCGACGGUUACAAUGUUAAGAUAGGGAUAAGGCCUUCAGGAGGAUCCGGAGAUUGUAGGUACGCAGGUUGUGUUGCUGACCUCAACGCGAAUUGCCCUAACGAUCUUAAGGUCAUGGGUCCUCAGAACAAUGUCGUGGCGUGCAAGAGCGCCUGUGCACGGUUUAACACUGAUCAGUAUUGUUGCCGUGGAGCUUUCAACACUCCCAAAACUUGUCCUCCUACAGACUACUCGAGGAUUUUUAAGAACGCUUGCCCUGACGCCUAUAGCUACGCUUAUGACGAUGAAACCAGCACCUUCACAUGUACCGGAGCUAACUACGAAGUCGCUUUCUGUCCAUAAAAAGAUUUGGGCCUGGUUUCUCCCCCUCGCGUUUCUAUUAAUAUUGCUUGUUAUGUACGGAAAGAUAAAUAAGGAAAGAUGAUGACUAUGAAUCAUCAUCUUCUUCCACCUUUUUAAAGCUUUUACUAAAUUAUUCAGUUGUUACAUUAUCAACUGAUUUGCUUACUAAAAAGAAAUAAGACAAAGGAUUAAUAUUUACUUA